CAUACUACCUAGUAAAUUGCUUGUGAGCUUUGGCGCUAGGCCCCGAGUCCGAUGAAUGAGUGCACACUGGCACUCUUCAUCUGUCCACUGUAUCUCCCCGUUCUCUCCCAUUCCACCCACUCCCUCUGUCAUCCUGCAUCCAGACCUUCUGUCAUCAGUCUUUUGACAGACAGUAACAACCUCUUCAUUUCUGGCCGUCUUCGCUCGUCAGAGUUCAUAUUGUAUCACUCGUGUCGAAAUGCAAGAUACCUGCACCCAUUUCCAAUACUAAGAUGGCAGAGAAGUGAGCUCGACUCGAUCUGCUCUCAAACCAACUACUACCGCUCUUGACUACCUAGUAAUUUGUGCGCGGAUCGGGGGGAGAAAAGCCCACCUCUCUUCGGCAGCCAUAAUUUGAAGAGAGAAGAUUCAAUGAGAAGUUUUUACAGGUAGGAUGGCAUAUAUUUAAGAGAUAAUCCC